AUGCAUGUUAAUGUCAAGUCCGUUCUGAGCCAGGUUAUAGUUGUAAAAAUCAUCAACUCGCCAGAGUUGAGAUUCACACCUCUGGCAACAUGGGAUCCAGUUCAUGGCUUGAACGGCACCCUGACAGACAGGAAAUUGGAAAAUAACAUGAGAGGAGUGGUGCUACGAGUCGUCACUAUCCUGGAGGAGCCGUUUGUAAUGGUGUCAGAGAACGUUCUGGGAAAACCGAAGAAGUACCAAGGCUAUUCCAUUGACGUCCUGGAUGCUCUGUCCGACUACCUGGGCUUUAAGUAUGAGAUCUACGUCGCUCCAGACCAUAAAUACGGCAGUUUGCAGCCUGACGGGCAAUGGAACGGACUGAUGGGGGAAUUGGUCUUUAAGCGAGCAGAUGUGGGACUUUCUGCCCUGACCAUCACGCCUGAGCGAGAGAGCGUCGUGGACUUCACCACACGCUACAUGGAUUAUUCAGUGGGUGUUCUGCUGCGCAAAGCUGAACGCACUGUGGACAUGUUUGCCUGCCUGGCGCCCUUCGACCUGUCACUGUGGGCGUGCAUUGCGGGCACCGUGCUCCUCGUUGGCAUCCUGGUGUACCUGCUCAACUGGCUCAACCCUCCCCGGCUACCCAUGGGCUCUGUGUCACCGACAACACUGUACAACUCCAUGUGGUUCGUGUACGGCUCCUUCGUACAACAAGGUAAGGAAGAAAUUCGCAGCAUGUAUGGCAGGGUGUUUGAUGUUUCUGUGAUGGGAGGCCUCAUUGCUCUCCUCCUCCUUAUUCUCCUCUUCACCCUCGUCCUGUAUACGCGCCACCGGUGGUGCAAGCGCCGCCGUAUCCCACAGAAGAGCGCCAGCACCGAGGCCACCCAUGAGAUCCACUACAUCCCCUCUGUUCUACUGGGACCCCAGGGCAGAGACAGCUACCGGGGCUCUCGAAACGCACACCAGCACGGGAACUCCGUCAUCGGUAUGCCCAUCCGGGAGACCCCCAUUCUCGAUGACUACGACUGCGAUGACGAUGACCAAUGUGGACACUCCCUUAACUCCACGCCAAACCAGCUCCACAACAAGCUGAGUGACGGGAAGUUCCACGAGGACUACGGGGUUAACAUCGGAGGGCACACAGACAUGACGUGCAAAGAGAAUGAGAUUAAACAUAAUUUCGAAAUACGAGUACGCCCAGGUAUCUUCGGAGACGCUCACUCCUGGGGAGAGUUCAGACACUACGCCAGCGGGUCUUCGGGAGCCCUUCGUUUCUGGGGCCACUUUCUGACAGUACGCAGGUAUCUUCGGGAGGCCAUCACCCUGGGCGGACAUACGGUCUUCUGGGCCACGCAGACAGAGCCCGAGUCUCCACUAAGAAGGAAAGUGGUUGCCGCCUUCGCUGCGAAGGUUCUUGAGACUGUGCGAGUGAAAUCUUCCUCCCGAACAGUCGACUACGACCCGCAUUGCUUUGCUCCGUGCCGUGAAGGGAGUCGGAGGCGAGGUACAAAGUCCCGCGUCUUUCGACGUCGUCGUAGUCGUAGUAGUAGUCUUCCUCCCCCAGAUGGUGAGCAGUCGAUGGAGGCUCUACACCUAGGUCCCCGCCUCUCGUCGCACUAUGCAGAAGCAAGUCCUGGCUAA